CCGUCCCCUGGGGCUGCCCAGCCCUGACUCUGCCUUUUCCUGCCAGGUCUCGGCUGAGGCUGCUGGUGGGGACGAUGGCAGGUCAGCGACAGCUUGUCCUCCCCCUUCAAGGCCUGCUGCUCUGCAUCUUGGCUCUGCACUUUGGCACCUGGGGCCCUCUUGCCACAGCAGAGUACAAAGCGGCCCCCAACGCCUCCUCGGUGGCCUCCAACGCCUCCUCGGUGGCCUCCAACACCUCCUCGGUGAUCCCCAACGCCUCCUCGGUGGCCUCCAACACCUCCUCGGUGAUCCCCAAUGCCUCCUCGGUGGCCCCCAACGCCUCCUCGGUGGCUCCAAACGCCUCCUCGGUGGCCCCCAACACCUCCUCUGUGGCUCCCAAAACCUCCUCGGUGGCCUCCAACGUCUCCGUGAACAGUACAGAAGGAACAAGGCUCACCUGCCAGAGCUUCCAGUGCUCUGGGGAGAGGUGUUACCAAGACGCAGCCCACGCCAACGAGACGGCCGCCUGCCACAACGAGACUUUCUGCGAGCUUUAUCGUUUCUCCAGCACAAACUACAUGGCCAGGUGCAGCAGCGCGUGCGGCGCGGAGCCGUGCAGGACCAACAGCAGCGUGAGCAUGCAGCAGUGCGCCCUGGAGUGCUGCAACACCCCGCUGUGCCUGCAGCUCAAUGCCAGCUCCUACGGUAACUGCCCACGGGGCUCCCCCGGGCUGGGGGUCCGGGGUUAAUCCUGCUGCACGCGAGGGAAAUGGGUGCACAAAGCCCGCUGAGCUGGGCUGGCUGCGUCGUCACGAUUCCUCUGCUCUGGGGUUCCACUCCCAAGUGGCUCUCCCACAUGGGCUGUGUCCUCACGGGGCUCCUCUCAUGUCUGCAGGUGACCUGCCAGCCACCACCGUGCCACCCACGACCACCGUCGCCACCACCACCCCCCGGCCUCCCCCCCGAAAUGUAGGUACUGCCCUAGAAGGUCCACGCAAUGCUGUUUUUCCAAAAGCUGCCUCUGGAAGGGGAACAAAUCCUUAAUGAGCUUUGCAGGGACAGAGCUCGUAAGGGUCCCAAGCUCAGCCCCUGUGUGUGUUCAAGCAGCCCCAGCUGACUGUACAGCACCCAUGGGUGCAGGGUGCUGCUGGGGCACCCGAGCAAUGGGGAGGGGAAGAUGCUCAUCUCUGCAAAGCCUUGCGAAGAGGAAGGAAAAGGCAGCUUGAAACUUGUUUGCUGCGGUGG